AUGACUAACGCAGAUGAGAUCAAGAAAGCGUACCGGAAAAAGGCUAGGGAACAUCACCCGGACAAGAAUCCAGAUGACCCAAAUGCAGGACAGAAGUUCCAAGAGAUGGCUGCCGCCUACGAGAUUCUCAGCCAGCCAGAUUCGCGAGAUGCGUAUGAUCAAUAUGGCAUGGAUGGCGUGACCAAGGGUGGAGCUGGAGGGCCAAGUAUGAACGAGGACAUCUUUGCGGAGCUCUUUGGCGGUCUCCGAUUCGGCUUUGACUUUGGUCCAGGGCCGCGUGGAGGCAGACGGGCACGGGGCGAGGAUUCAGUAAUACCCUACGACGUGUCCCUCGAGGACCUAUACAAUGGGAAGACGGUGAAGAUGAACAUGGAGAAGGAGGUUAUCUGUCGGGAGCGAAGGGUUCUGCGAAACCGAAAACUUGCGUCAAGUGCGAAGGCAAGGGUUGGACUAUGGUUUAUAACCAGGUCGGCCCAUCGCGAGUCGCCACAUCUCGAGCUAUGUGUUCAAAUUGCGAUGGACACGCCGAUUUUCAGAUGCAAGAAAUGCAAAGGUCGGAAGACAGUAAAAGAGAAAACUCGCCAAGAAAUUUACAUCGAACGCGGGAUGCCUGAUCGCCACAAGAUUGUCCUUGCGGGCGCAGGUGACGAGGAGCCAGGCGUUCCUCCUGGAGAUGUCAUAUUUGUCCUGAAAACUCGUAAGCACGACUCAUUCCAGCGUGCAGGCGACAAUCUGUUGGCGACCGUUCAUAUUACACUCUCGGAGGCUUUGAUGGGCUUCUCACGAAUUCUCAUCAAGCACUUGGACGGGCGAGGCAUCUUGGUGUCAAGCCCACCAGGAAAGGUCAUCAAAACUGGGGACACCAUCGUCUUGCGCGGCGAGGGCAUGCCUGUGCACAAGAACCCAGACACAAAGGGCAGUUUAUACGUGAUGCUCGAGAUCGACAUGCCUGACGAGGAGUGGAUGAGGAACGUCGACAAGGCUGCACUUGCACAGCUGCUGCCGCCCAAAAAGCCUGAGAUGGAUCCGCCGCCAGAGGUUGUAGACGAGGUGGCUUACGAGCAAUCAGAUAUGGGCGACGUGCGUGCGCCGGCUUUUGGCCCUGGAUACCAGUUCUUUGACCAAAGUUUUGGGCAGCAGUUUGAUGUCGCGGACGAGCACGAUUGGAUAGACGAGGACGACGAGGAUGAGGACGGCUUUGGUGAGGACCCCGAGUGCACGCAUCAGUAG